AUGCCUACCAAUUUUGCAGCAUGGAUCCCAGAGGCCAAGGCCAAACUGGUGGUAAGAGAAGCUCCUUACCCUUCGACAGGAGUCGGCGAAGUGGUUGUCAAGAAUGCCGCAGUUACCAUUAACCCCAUCGAUUGCAAAGUCCAAGAACUGGACCUUUUCAAGUUCAAAUAUCCAAUCGUCCCUGGUUGUGAAGUUGCUGGAGAAAUCGUCGAGGUUGGCAGCGGUGUGACUGGACUUUCUGUCGGUCAGAGAGUGAUCGCAUCUUGCGAUUCCUACGUACAGCGGGCGCCAGAUUCAGGAGCUUUCCAAGAAUACUCUGUCGUCAAAGCUGCAAUUACUGCUCCGAUCCCAGACUCAUUGAGUUACGAGGCCGCCUCUGUCCUACCAAUUGGAUUGUCGACCGCGGGCAGUGCGCUCUUUCUGCCGAAACAUCUCGGCCUUCCUGUGCCGUCACUGACUCCGAAACGCAUCGAAGGAGUGAUCCUCGUUCUGGGAGGCAGUUCUUCCGUUGGCUGCAACGCCAUUCAGCUUGCAAAGGCUGCCGGAGUAGAAGUCAUUACAACCGCUGGCAAACACAACUUCGAAUUGGUCAAAUCCCUCGGCGCUGCACGAGCCUUUGACCGUUCUGCUCCAGACACAAUCAACGACAUCCUCACCUAUCUGCGAGGCAAGAAACUCCUGGGCAUUGUCAAUGCGAUUGGUGACAAAGACACGGUUGCAGCCGCAGUUGAGAUCUCGGUGGGCAGUGGUGGCGGGGCGUCGGUCGUUAAUACUGUUCCCGUAUUCUGGGAGUUGGAUCGCAAGGGCGUCAGCAUUGAACAAGUCUUCGGUCUAGCCAUGGUCGGCACCGGAGUGGACAAGGCUGUCUGGAAAAAUUUUCUACCUCAAGCUCUCGAGCAGGGGAGGUACCUCGCAAAGCCAGAUGCGCUGGUCGUGGAAGGUGGACUGGAGGCUAUACAGACGGCUAUUGACAGAUAUAAUCAAGGUGUUAGUGCACAGAAGGUGGUUGUCAAGCUGGAUUAA